AGCAAAACGUUAGUACUAGCACACAAGUCCAGACCAAUUGGUUUCCUUGUGGGAUAUUAUUAUUUAUAAAUUUCUCCGUCGAAUGCCAAACAAAUAGCUAUUUUUUAUUUCUCUGAUUAUUAUCCAAUCCAUUCUCUUCCUCGCUCACAUUUUGACUUCACCAUGGCCGUUUCAAUUUCACCCUCCUCCUCUUCCAUAACCCUAUCUUCUUUGAACUCUUGCACUCGUGUGGGAGCUUCGUCUUCUUCGCCGCAACUUCAAUUUCCUGUCCGAACUCGCUUCCUUCCAAUUGGUACUCGUCGUCUUCCCGCUUCCUCCCGCCCUAGAUUCCUGGUUCAAGCAAAGAAACAAACAUUUUCCUCUUUUGAUGAUUUGCUUGCUAACUCUGACAAGCCCGUAUUUGUUGACUUCUAUGCAACCUGGUGUGGUCCUUGUCAAUUCAUGGUUCCCGUACUUGAGGAAGUAAGCACGCGGCUUAACGAUCUGAUACAAGUAGUUAAGAUUGAUACUGAGAAGUAUCCCAGCAUUGCCAACAAAUACAAAAUUGAGGCAUUGCCAACUUUCAUCAUCUUUAAGGAUGGAGAGCCUUUCGAUCGCUUUGAGGGAGCAUUAACUGCGGAUAAGCUAAUUGAACGCAUAGAAACCAGUCUCAAAGUUAAGCAAUAACCCUGUUAAAAUGAAAACAUGGAUGUGUGUCUAUUGGAAUGUUGGAUCAUAUACAUGAUUGGAUAGGAGGAUCAAACUGCUGCUUCAACUUCAUUCAGACUUUUUUUCUGUAUUUAUCACAUUUUUUAUGCCAAGAUCCAAGCCAGUAAAAAUUUAGACUGUUUAAUUAGUAGUAGGUGUUUUAAAAAAUUCACAAGUACUCAGUUUGCGUGUUCUUCAAUAUUUUUGUUUGUUGUCAUCUAAUUGAUCAAUAUCUUAAUUUUACACCAUGUAUACUUUUGUUGUCUUUUGUCGGUUCAAAAACAAAUUGGAACUGUAGGAAAGUUGGAGUUAUUUUCUUGUUUGCAAAGCACAAAUUGAACCUUACUUACCCCAGCAACAAUGUAUAAAUCACAUUGCAACCCAAUAUAUACAGCAAACAGGCGUGAUUAUAGGCAGCCUAUAACCGGGUCCAGUCCGUGGUAAUAUUUGGAUAUUAUUACUUUAAGUAACUCAAUUUAAAUAUUUUAUAGACAAUUAUAAAUUCACAAUCAAUAUGACUUUAAUUAAACAAUUUAUUCUUUAAAUAAGAUG